AGACAACAGUCUCUUAGCAGAAGCCUACUCGUCGGGCACCUCCAAUUCGCCGUCCUUGAUCUGCUGCAUGAUGUCCAUGGGCGCCUCGCCGUUGACCGUGCAGCCGACCGAGAAGGCCGUCCCCAGCAUCUCGAAGACCGUGCCCUCGAGCUUGCGGGCCAUCGAGCGGGGCCGCAUCGUCCGCGCGAUCUCAAUCACCUGGUCCAGCGUGAUGUUGCCGUCGUGCUUGAUGUUCUUCUCCUUCUUGCGGUCGCGGACGGGCUCGUUGAGCGCCUUGAUGAUCAAGGCCGAGGCCGAGGGGAUCAUCUCGACCGUCGCCUGGCGGUUGAUGAUCGUCAGCUUCACGGUCACGUUCAUGCCCUUCCAGUCCAUCGUCGCCUUCUGGAUGUCCUCGCCGACCUUUUUGGGGGAGAGGCCGAGGGGGCCGAUCUUCGGCGCGAGCGACGAGGCCGAGCCGACUUCACCGCCGACGGCACGCAUGAUGACAUAUUUCGGGGGUUCAUUCGACGGAGGGGGGCCCAUGUUGUUUUGAGAUAGCUGUUGAUCCUACACACGAAGCUUUGGGAACGACGGCUAUCGUCUUAAGGGCUGAAUGGUUGCGGUGGAGACCUGCGCGUGAUCGAUGUGAGCUUUUUGCGCGUUUUCGCGGGUCUUUCGUGCAGCCUCUCGCGUCGGCGGCGUCGGCGCGUGCUGUCUCGUGCUUCUGACGCCCUCGCGUGCCGCGACGACGCCAAAAAGAGGCCCUCGCCGAGUGCAGCCACUGUAGGCUUUUGCACGGCGCGCGUGCGCGGAGUUGUUGCAACCGCGAGUGCGCGAGCAGUCGUGGAGGUCCGAGCGAGUCUGCGCCGUCAAAUCACUAUGUCUACGCUGCUGUGCACCGUGAAUUAGGUCUC